GUGCAGAGGAGCGCACACUUCCUGCCCCCAGCCAGCAGCAGCGGGAGGCGAGCGGGGAGCGGUGAGCGGCAGCGGGCGGGGCGGAACCGGCACUGCUGUAGCGCAGGCGGGAGCCCGGUCCCGGCUCCAGCUCCCGCCCAGCACAGCGGGUUUGCUGGGCCAGACGGGCUGCAACGAGGCAGCAGCGGUUCCCAGGCGUGUUGCAGCCCGGCUUGGGCUCCGAGGGGCGCAGGAAGGGGUUGGAGCUGGGACAGAGGGGAAGUGAGCACAGGAGCUCAGCGUGCUCUGCUGCCCGGUUGGCUCUCUGGAACACAGGGCAGCUGGGCCUGCGUUUGUCCCUCUGGGCCACGGGAGACACGAGAUGACCUCGCUCCGUAGCUCUGCACGCAAGGAUUGAUGGAAGUUUUAAACUCCCCGAUGCCUCCUUUUGAGCGUCUGAAUGUGAAGCCUGCAAGGGGGGUGAUUUCAACUCCGUUUUCCCUCCCCAGCAGCCCGCAGUUUCCCUUCGGGGGCCCAGCAGGCAGCAUCUGCCUCUAGCGGCCCUUUCAGGGUUACCUUUUGUGCGCUUAGCGCUGGGCUGAUGGCUCGCCUGGGGUCGUGCAAACCCCUGCCAAGGCUUUUGUUUGGGCUGUCCCAGCAUCUGCAGAUGCCUUUAGCGCACAGCUGCGGGCCCUGAGCACGUCCAGCAUCUGCAGCAGGUCCGGCACUGGCCUAUGUAAUAGACGCUGAAAAGCUGGCGGUCUGUGGGCUGACUGCAGCACACGUUGAGAACGCGCCCGAGCUGCACGUCAGCAAAGUGCAGCCCAGGCUGCUUCGUGCAAAGGGCGCACGGUGCUGAGAAGGUCCCCGGGAAGCGAGCGCGGUGUGCGUGCUGAGCUGAAUGGGAAGCAGCGCCCCCAGAAGAUCUGUGUCAGCAAGGUGUCUUGACUGCAAGCUGAGAGGGAUCUCUGUAUAGCUGUGACCUUGAGAGACAUCCCUGCUUGUGGGGAGAUCCUGUCGUUCAGCCCAUUGCUGUGCAGAAGAGCUCGAGGGGCGCUUGUGCUGCACCCUGUAUAGGGGCUCCGGUUCAACUUCUGCCUUCCAGCAAUGGUCAUCUCACCUGCAGGAGAGUCGCAGAUGGCCACAGCACAUCCAUCUCAGGAGCCCGUGAGCUUUGCGGAGGUGGCCGUGUAUUUCAGCAGGGAGGAGUGGGCGCUGCUGGACCCUGCGCAGCGAGCGCUCUACCGGGACGUGAUGCUGGAGACGUACCAGUGCGUGGCCUCGCUGGCUCCACUUCCAGCCCCCAGACCAGUGCUGAUCUCCCUGCUUGAAGGCGGGGAAGAGCCCUGGAUCCCAGAUGUGCGUAGCCCUGAGGCCGUGCCAGGAGACCUCAGCCCAGCAGGAACUGGGGUUACAGAUCUACUGGAGGAUCUGCAGGAAAGUGGUGUGGCCAAAAGGCGGUGGGGUGGUGUCUGUGUGGAAGAAAUCAGAAGGGAUGUCCAAGGAGGCGUGGAGCAAGGUCAGGCUGAGCACAUCACCACGAUGCCACUGGGAAAGUGUCUGCAAGAGAAAGGAAGGAGCCCACUGGACUUCAACAUAGGUCAAAAGGAGCGUGAAGAACCCAACUCAGGAAUGAGUGCAUACAAGUGCUCUGAUUGUGGGAAGAGCUUCAAAAAGAGAUACCAACUCAUCUACCACCAACGCAUCCACACAGGAGAGCGACCCUACAGGUGCUCUGAGUGUGGGAAGAGCUUCACAAGGAGCUUUCACCUCACUUACCACCAACACAUCCACGCUGGAGAGAGCCCCUAUAAGUGCUCUGAAUGUGGCAAGAGCUUCCAUAGAAGUUAUGAAUUGAAGCGCCACCAGCGUGUUCACUCAGGGGAGAGACCCUUUCAGUGCUGUGAGUGUUGGAAGAGCUUCAGAUGCAGUUCUAAAUUGAAGCUGCACCAGCAUAUGCACUCAGAGGAGAGACCCUACAAGUGCUCCGAGUGUGGGAAGAGCUUCAAAAGCAGUUCUGACUUGAAGCGCCAUGAACGCUUCCACUCAGAUGAGAGACCCUACAAGUGUCCUGAGUGCAGGAAUUGCUUCAAAAGCAGUUCUGAUUUGAAGCGGCACCAACGCAUCCACACUGGAGAGAGACCCUACAAGUGCUGUGAGUGUGGGAAGAGCUUCAAGAGCAGUUCUGACUUGAAGAGCCAUGAAUGCUUCCACUCAGAGGAGAGACCCUACAAGUGCUCUGAGUGUGGGAAGACCUUCAAAAGGAGUUUUGAUUUGAAGCUGCACCAGCACAUCCACACAGGGGAGAAACCCUUCAAUUGCCCUGAGUGUGGGAAGAGCUUUACACGCAGGUCUAAUCUCAAUGCCCACAAGCACAUCCACAGCACACAUGGACUGUAGAAGCACCUCAAAACUUUGGAAACCUUCAGAAGCAGUUUCAGCCUCAUUACCUAUCAGCACAGCCACACAAGAUACAGAGCCUGUAGAGCCCAGAACGUGGGAAGAGCUUCAGGCAGAGCCCCAGCCUGGUGACCAACUAUGGAUUUGUGUAGUGAUGAACUUUACAAAUCCCUUGAGCAGAGGAAGAGCUCUGCGGCCAAUCUAAAUCCUCUUUCUCCUUCUUUGCAUGAGAAUUAUGCACAUUGCUCUCCUUCAGCUGCAGUUGCUGUGUUGAGUGGCCAUACAGAGGAGAAUCCAGAGUGGGAUGCGUCACAGCCACUCAAAAAGUUCUGCCAGGUGGCACGUUUCUGCCAGGGCUGUGUGCAAGGAGAGUCACCUCUUACCUCCCCCGUAGAAACUCCUGUGCUGUGGGGCAGCAGGUGAGGACCCAAAGGAAACCUCAGCUGGGCUGAUAUGUCACCAGGAAGGAAGAAAUCCUGUCUGCAGGCUGUGUGGGAAGAGCUUCAUCUGGAGCUCAACCCUCAGAUGCGCAGCCUGCAAGAAGAGUUUUGGCCACACCUCAAACCGGCUGAGCUACCAGAUUGUCUGCACUUGGGAGAAGUACAGUGAGUUCACGUGGCAGGAAGCCUUAGAAAUGCCUCGCGUGUGAGAAGGGCUUUGUGCAGAGGGCAGAGUUCCUCACUGGCCCUACAAGUGUUCCUGGUGCACGACUGGCACCCUCUGCAGAAGGGACUUAACCCAGGAGCUUCAGAUAGCCUUUCCUUGCUACCCAGAGCAGUUCUCUCACCAUGCCCGGUUUCUUCUGCUCUUCCUGCCAGCAGCUUUUUGAUGCCGUUUCCUAAGGAGAAGUGGCUGUGCAGGGAUGUUCUGUGUGUCUGUGUGCAUGUGUUGCUCUCAGUAAUUUGUGAGUGCACUGAUGAACCUGAGAGAAGGGUCAGGAGAGCAGUAACGUGGCUCUUGGAGGUUUUCUGAGAAUCAUCUGUAGUGGAAGGCGUAGAGGGUGAAUAAAGAAGCUGAGUUGUUCUGAAUCUUUGUUCAGUGUAGUCUUGUUUGUUGUUCUUACAAUGAAUGUCAGCAUGUGGAAUGAGGAGAGGGAAAGGUGCAAGCAGGAUUUGGUUUGGGUGCCUCCUCCUGCCCAGUGCUUGCUUCUGUAGAAGAUGUUUUGUUCAUACAAUCCUAUCAUCCUUCCUAGCCGUGCUGCAUUGUGUUUCUGUUGCUCAGAGCAGCAGUGUGACACCGAGCCUUGUCUCCAAUAAAAGUACAAAAAGCUGAGCUUGUUCUCCAAGUUUCUGGAAGUGGAUUGAGCAGAAGGCAGUGCAAACCCACAUGGUGCACAAGCAGCUCAUCCCCACAGCACAGAGAUAUCAGAGUGCUCUCGGGUGCAUGCUUGCCUUGCAUGUGAUCCCUUUUGAGAUUAAAGGUUUUUGCAUCGGCCUUGGGAUGUUGUGCCCGAGACCUCCUGCAGCAGAUCCUUCACAUUUGCUGUGCUCAGCUAAAGCUGCUGUGCUUGGAACGCAGUUAUCAGGAAAUGGAGUUGAUUUUGGUGAGCUAGUGAAACCAGCAGGAGCUUGCCCAUGUCCUCAGGUGACGUUCUGUGAAGGCUUCCUGACACCCGAGAAGCUGCAAGGAGAUGAUGAUUGCAGUACUGAGAAGCUCUGCUUCCUCCAUCCCAGGAAGCAGGGCCUGGUCUUGUGCAAGAGAGGUACAGCAAGGCCCUGGAGGAUGGUGUCAUGGUUCUGUGUUUUUUGUUUUUUGGGUUUCAGUAUU